AUGGACCGCGUCGACGCACUCGGCCUCCAGGCUGCCCUCGCCCACGCCCGCAAGAGUUACGCCGAGGGCGGCGUCCCCAUCGGCGCGGCGCUCGUCUACCACGGGGACGCGCAGAACCCUGAGCCGCGCGUCCUCGGACAGGGACACAACGAGCGCGUGCAGAGCGCGUCCGCCAUUCUCCACGGCGAGACCGCCGCGCUGCAGGACGCGGGGCGGCUGAAGGCAGAGGUGUACAGGAACUCAACCAUGUUCACUACGUUAAGUCCGUGCAGCAUGUGUUCGGGCGCGGUCAUGCUCUACAAGAUCCCGCGCCUGGUCAUCGGCGAAAGCGUCAACUUCAAGGGCGACGAAGACCUCCUCCGGAGCCGCGGCGUCGAGGUCAUCGUGCUCGACGAUGCGGACUGCAAGGAGCUCAUGCGCAAGUUCAUCGCAGAGAAGCCCGAGGAAUGGUAUGAAGACAUCGGCGAGUUCCCACCGCCCCCGUCGUCUGGCAAUGAAUAG